CAACCAUCAUUGCAUCAAUCGGCGACACAUUGUCUGCUGGUCACGUCAAGAAGGGUUUGUUUGGUAUAUCUCGUUGCACACCAUCACUUUCUAUACUUUGACCAUCUUUCCUUCCCCCUACUUCACAUGGAUGUAACAACCUCUCUCCUCAAAGCUCUCUUUGGCCUCUCAUUUCUCGUUCCUUAUGCCUUUGCCCAGAACUAUACACAAUGUUCGGAUAGCGGAUCAGACUGGUAUACGAGUGUCGUAGGGGAGACGCCAUGUCGAACCUAUGAGCGGCUACGACAGAUAUGCAAUAGCGAUUAUACACUGGGAGCCUUGGGUCCCAGUACUCCUCCGGAUACAUGCAACGACCAAGUUGCUGACUGUUGUUGCAAUUCAAUCGCAUUCGGGCUGAGUAUGUUGUGUCUGACAUGCCAGCAAGGAACAGGUAGUUCUGGCAACGGCAUUGACGCUGGCUCCGGCGCAUAUCAACAAUACCUGACGCACGGAUCGACCUCGUUCUGCACCCCCAAUACUAACCAAUCAUUCACGGUCGACAUACAAGCUGCCGUAUGCAACAACGAUCUGAAGAUUCAUGACGAUUUCUAUAACGCUGUAUUUUGGUCCGAUGGAGCGUGGUUCUAUACAUGGUCCCGCGAACGAAUAGAACUUACUAAUGCUGAAGAUAGAAAUAACUCCUUCACACAUUGUGCAUCGACGACCGUGAACGAAACCAGUAGUUCAGAGUCUCAGUCGCCUUCACAAACAGCACUUGCGAAACCGACAUCGAUUUCAGAGUCGACGUCGCUCACUACCACCUCACCUUCACAGACAGGAAGCUCAUCAAAAACUCUCAGUGGGGGUACCAUAGUCGGGAUCGCAGUGGGGUGUAUCGCGCUGAUAGUAGCAAUCACGCUCUCCCUCAUCUGGCUGUUCUCCUACAAACGGCGACGAGUCGCUAUCGAGGACUCGGAAACGUCGCCUCGCCCCUUCCACAUUCCAUCCAUGCCCCCUGCGAGUCUUUCUACUCCUGUGUAUCGGAGUGAGGACUCGGCACUAUCUACGAGGACUCCUGCGCAGUCAGAGAGGCGGUUUGGGGGCAAAGGGAGGACGACGCAACAACCACCUGCUUAUACAGAAUAGGUUUGGGCUUGUCGAGGGGCUAUGCUUUGGCUGUAUAUAACCCGUUAGCCUUCCUAAUGAUACUUGAUUCCUUAGAUGCUGGCCUUUGGCGUUAGUGGAGGUGGGGGAGGAUCUAUCAU